GAGCUUGUUGUUAAGCAUUCCCUGAGGCCAUACAACACACUUCCCCUUUUCUUUCCUUUCCAUUUCCUUUACUCUCUCUCCCUUACUAUCAUCAUGUUAAACACUUCCAACAACCUGUCCAACGAAGAACUCCUAGCCUCCAAUGCUGCUCUCAAGGCCCAAGUUGAGUACUUGGCCAAGCAAGUUGCCCAACUCACUAAGCUCAAGAUGAGCAUGGUGAAUACCCCGGAGGAAAGUGAAGACGACGAAGAAGUUCACCCUGAAGCUAACUCUAGUAACACCACUAGAGAGGAGAGUCAUGAACGAGGAGCUACCGAUUUCAAGGUGGACAUACCAACCUUUGAAGGAAAGAACGAUCCGGAUGACUUUCUAGAGUGGCUAGAAACUGUUGAGCGCGUCUUUGACUUCAAAGAUGUGCCCGCAGAAAAAAAGGUCAAGAUCGUGGCAUUGAAGUUUCGGAAGUAGGCAUCCACUUGGUGGUCCAACCUAUCCACCAAAAGAAGGCGAGAGAAUAAGGCCCCUGUGAAGACCUGGCUUCAACACCUAAGGCAAGGUCCCCGCUCAGUUGAGGACUAUACUCGGGAGUUUGAAGAACUUUUGAUGAGAUGUGAUCUUCACGAAAACGAUUCACAAACAUUGGUACAUUACCUAUUUGGAUUAAACACUCAAAUAGCUA